AGCCAAAGUUGAUUCAUGCAACAGUCGCUGAAAGGUGACAAACAUUCUAUGGCCAACAAAGAACUUAUUGUACGUAAAAGUUGCCCUGGGGUGGGUGUCGCGCGGCUUAUCCCAUUAUCAGCUCAGAGAGCACUGCGGAAAAUAUACCAACUAUAAAGUUUUGGCAGAACUUUUCAGCAGAAGCGGCAACAGCGAUAACCGCACAAUCAAUGCAAAUGCCAAGUUUGGCUGGCUGGGGCUUAUCUGGUGGCUUUUGCCGAAAUCAACCGAAUAUCACGUAUCAUCGAGCAGAGCAGAGCAGAGCCAAGCGGAGCGGCGCGGCGCAGUUGAAAUCGAAGCCACAAUAAAGAGUUGCAUCUAAUUGACGAAACUCGAAGGGGAAGCCGUUAUCAGCAGAGCGAGAGCAAUCGAAGAAUCUAUCGGGGGGCGCACUGACAAUUUCACAGAAUUCCGAUGUCAUGAGCGGCAGACCGAGCGCCGAGCGUGUUUAUCGCGAUAUUUGAUGUCUGCAGAAUUUUGGGCUGCUGCUUCGAUAUUAUCAGCUGGUCUGUGGCUCCAUGCCGCAUGUCUGAUUGCAGCGCGUGACAUCGCUGACAUAUAUAAGGCCGAGAUGCAUCUCAGAUUGUAUUGAGUCUCAAAGAUUCAGCUGCAGAGGAACAUGGCUGGAAGGCAACUGCUGUUCUGUUUGGGAUUAUCUGUUUUGGCGGCAGCUUCCGCUCGCACGAUCAAUGGCUUGGCUCGGGGAUCAUGCUACAACGAUGACAUUCCCAUGUGUGCGAGAAGUCGCGACAACGGCAUGUACUUCCUGUUCAGCAACGAGUGUGAGCUGCGGAAGGCGCAGCGAGGCAACCUCAUGGGUGCGCCCUUGUAUGAUGUGACGCUGCGGCACUGCUUCCCCAAUUGUGACUUCCAGUGCAGCAAUGGAUAUCAGCCAGCGUGCGGGGUGAGUGCGAGCAGCGGGGAGAGACGCACCUUUAGGAGUCGGUGUGAAAUGGCACGCACCUCGUGCCUGUCGCAGUCCGAUUGGGCGGUGCACAGGUGGGGUGUGUGUCCCAAGGCCAGCAGGGAGCAGACAUCAGCUCACGUGGGCAACGUGGGCAACGUGGGCAAGUACAAGCGGCCACAGCCAGUGCCCUGCACCAGGAUCUAUCGUCCCGUGUGCGCUGCAUAUGCGGGCGUAAAGUCUACAUUUUCGAAUGAGUGCCUGGUGAAUGCAGAGAACAUUAAGACACAGAGAAAUUGGCGCAUAGUUUCCGAGGGACUUUGCGGCGAGGACAGCACCAAAAUGAAGCACAAUCGCAAAUACAAGCCAAGGGCCAAGCCAAAGCUGGAGGCGGAGUCGGAGCCGGAUCGGGCCAAGCGCAGUCACAGUAAGAAGUCCAAUCAGGUGGAAGACUUCCAGAUACCCGAGGACGCAGUGCAAAUCUAUGCCCCCUCCACAUUCCACACCCAGUUUAUCAGCAACACAGGCACCAUGGAGAAGAGCUACUCCCUGCCGGCUCGCAAGCCCUAUGUGGUGUCCGCGCCCAAGCUCCGACGAGUGUACGGGAGUGCCACCAGCAAAGCAGGCAUUGGCAUUGCUGCCAAAAGCUCUACAAGGCCGUGUGUGUUCAGCAACGAGCCUGUGUGUGGCAGCUUCAACGGAGAGAGACGCACAUUCCCGAGUGUCUGUGCCCUCAUGGAGUACAGCCAAAGCAUCGGCAACGCAUGGUCCAUUGUGCACGAUGGCCCCUGCCGACGCUGCGACAAGCCCUGCCCUUCGGUCUAUCAGCCAGUGUGUGCCAGUCGCAAUGGCACGGACCACACAGUCAUCAAUGAGUGCUAUCUGGAGCGAGUGCGUUGCAAGGAUCCCAGAACUGUCUGGAAGAUCAUCCACAAAGGAGCGUGUGCAAAGGCCAGGGGCACAAUGAAGCCCAAGGCGGCUCAGCAAGGGCCUCUGAUUCCCCGUAUGCUGUAUGCCAGCAAUAGGCGACUGUACAUCACCACCACAGGAAAGCCGCUGGCCAGCCAACCCACAACCAGGGCACCAAUAAACCCAUACAAGCCGCGCCAGCAGUUCAGGAAAACCUUCAGGCCAACGCCAGCAGCCAUCAGCCAGGAAUACAACAAUCGCAAAAUUCGUAAAAUAGAGCUAGCCACGGCCGGCUUUGGCCCCAUCGAGCGAUCCAUUGAAGACGAGUCCGAAGCCAGUCUUUGGUCUACAAAUGACAAUUGGCUCGUGCGACAGACACUCGACAAUGUCAAGGGUUACUUCAGCUUCAGCAAAAAGCCAGCGACCUUCAAGAAGGCGCACAGCGAAAAAUAUCCGCUCUAUUACUGGGCUAAGCCGAUAGAAUCUUCGGCCCAGUCAGAUGCGCUUGGAGCAACGACCAGCAGCACAACAACAACGUCGCCGAUGCCCCCCACUCUGAGCAAUGCCUCGGCGGAACUACUCAAUUUGGAUAUUGGCAACGCGGCAAAUCUCUACGAAGAUGUCGAUCUACAAGCGCAACUUAUGCUGACCACCGCUCCAGCCACAACCAGCACCACAGCGACGCCAGAGCCUAUUGAGAGCACGACUGCCACGCCCCCUUCCACCACUGUCGCCACAACAGUUGAACCUGCGACGAUGUCCACCUCCUCAGAGGCAUGGGAAGAAACGACUACAGCAGGCGUGGCAGUGACUUCUGCUACUACUGCUGUCUCCAUCAUCGCAGAUGAUGGCACAUCCUCAGCCACAAUAGCUGCAGAUCUGUCCAGCACAGAAGCAGGAACAUCACCGGAAGCCUCAAGUGAGUCGUCAACGACCACCCAGAGCAGUGAUUACACGGCGGAGGAGCCGCUGGCCGAGUCAAGUGGUCAAACCUCCAUCUAUGGUCUCGAUAAGAACUCGUUGAUUAUGCGCUUGUUACGAGCCCGAACAAAUCAAAAUGUUUUCAUUUAAGCGUUUCAUUCAUUGUUAAAACUGUCGCCUUAAGUUAGGUUGUUGUUUAAGUCUGUUGAAUACAAUUAUAAUUUACCAUUUAA